AUGGCAUCUUGGACGGUAUAUGUAACAUGCUUGGCUACUAUACUGUUGUAUAACAAUGUGGAAUCUUACAAAAUACUGGUCCCAAUGAUUUUGCCGGGAAAAAGUCAUGGUAUUCUGGGAGAAGGCUUCGUUCAACAUUUGCUCAGCGGAGGUCACGAGGUUACAUAUAUAACACCUUUCCCGAUGAAACCUCAAAAAAAUUUAACAAUUAUUGAUGUUAGUGAAAACACAGUAGUUAUGAGAGAUGUCUGUAAUGUGAAAGACAUGAUGGAUGGAAAAACUGAUCUUCAGUCUUUGUAUAUACUGAUGGACUUGUUAGUGGAGAUCGGGAAAAUGACAUAUCAAUCGUCUGCCGUCCAGAAGCUUUUGAGCGACCGUAGCCAGAAGUUCGAUCUCAUUGUUGCAGAAUGGCUGUUCCACGAUUUAAACGCGGGAAUUGGAGCAGUUUAUGACUGUCCCUUCAUAUGGCUCUCUUCGUUGGAGCCUCAUUGGAUGGUGCUAAGGCUUAUAGACGACAUGCCAAACCCAGCGUACGUGUCAAACUUCGCUUCUAAUAACGCACCGCCAUUCACUUUCCGGGAAAGGUUAGAAGAACUGUGGGACCAGCUGUACGGCUCUUGGUUAAUUUAUAAUUAUAUUGCUCCAAGAGAAGAAGUACUGUAUAAUCAAUAUAUCGUUCCCCACAUCCAAGACAAAAGCAAACCUGUGCCAACUCUUGACCAAUUGAAACACAACGCAUCUCUUAUAUUUGGAAACUCGCAUGUAUCACUUGGAGAAGCGACGAGGUUACCACAAAACUAUAUACCUAUUGGAGGGUUUCAUAUUGAUACCGAAGUCAAACCAUUGCCAAGUGAUUUAAAGAAAAUAAUGGAAAGUGCCGAGCAUGGCGUAAUAUACUUCAGCAUGGGAUCAAAUUUGAAGAGUCAAGAUCUCCCCGAGUCUCUAACAAGAGGACUCCUGAACAUUUUUGCUAAAUUGAAGCAAACGGUCAUUUGGAAGUUUGAGAGAGAUCUACCAAAUAGGCCAAAAAACGUGCAUAUAGUACAUUGGGCUCCUCAGCAGAGUAUUCUUGCACACCCAAAGACUUUGUUCUUUAUCUCUCACGGCGGGCUUCUAUCGACGACGGAGUCAGUUCACUUCGGAGUACCCAUGAUUAGUAUUCCGGUCAUGGUUGACCAGUUCGUGAAUGCUGAUCGAGCGGUUAAGAAGGGAUACAAAAUCAAGGCGAAAGAAUUAGCAUACAUUUACCAUAACAGACCUUUAACGCCCCGCAAGGAGAUCUUACAUUGGGUAGACCACGUCAUAAAGACCCGUGGAGCCUUACAUCUGCGGUCUCCAGCCUUGCAAGUACCCUGGUACCAGAAGCUGUUCCUUGACCUUCUUGCUGUUAUUCUAGUCAUAGUUUUACUUUUAACAAAAAUUACUAAGGUACUGUUGUCCGGAGCAAGACAACAACCAGAAAAGACCAAAAAGAAAAGAAAUUAA